UUUUAACAAUUAAUAUUCGUUUUAGGUAACGGAAGGUCACUUUUACUAUUUCCUGAAUUCAGUAUACUGACUUCAUUGCAAAAGAGUUACACCUUGUUGGCAGCAUGUUGUUGGAAAAUGACUUUUUCCUUACGGAGCUCACUCGACUUUUCCAGAAGGGGAAAACAUCUGGAUCGAUCAGCCUCACCAUGAAGCGAUAUGAUGGCAGAACAAAACCUUUACCAAGAGCUGGACAUGUGCCAGACCCAACAGAGUACAAGUGUCUGAUACGCGCAGCGCUUGGCAGCAAGAAGAUCAGUACUGUUGUGCAUCAGAAAGAUGUCAAUAAGUUUCAGUUGGCAUAUGCUAAUCUCAUCAAAGGAAACUUGGAUGGAAUGAAGAAGAAAGACAAAGGGAAGAAGAAGAAAGCCACUCAGUAGAUGUUGGUCAUACCUGUUGUCAUAAAAUAUCAUCCCCCCAAUCUACUCAACAUGUGAAAGAAGGCAAAAACAAACUUUGUUGUGGUUUCCGUGACUCAACUAGCCUUGAUUUUUCAUGUUUAUUUCACUGAUCCACGUUUUUAUCAAAUACAUGACAAAUACAACUGAAGUCUUGUGGUUGUAUAUAGACCGUGGAUGGAAUUUUAUUUAAAACUGUUCACACAUUUCCUACAGACCAGCCCUAAAUAUGUCAGCAGGUCCACAACAGCUGUUUAGUCAUGAUGACACCAAGUGAAAUGCACACCUGCCAAUCAUCAUUGUUGUCAGCUUUCAUGCAAAUGCAUUCCCUACCUUGCUGUUUUGCAGUUUCUGUUUAAUUUUUGUGGUAAACAUGAUCUGAAUGAAUUUUUCAUUUGAAGAUGUGAGCAAGUACACCAAAUGUUUUUGUUUUUAUAAUAAGUACAGUAUUUCAUUUAUUUCUCUCUUGUGAUGAGAUUACAACUGACUAUAAAGUUCCUUGCUGAUAACAAGGGGGGGUCGGGUAGCCUAGUGGUUAGAGCGUUUGCUCGUCACGCCAAAGAUCCGGGUUCGAUUCCCGACAUGGGUACAACGUGUGAAGCCCAUUUCUGGUGUCCCCGUCGUGAUAUUGCUGGAAUACUCACUUGCUGAUAACAUGCUUAACUUGGGCUUCCCCAUAUUUUGAGAUUUUAACAAAUUUUCUGAAAGAAAAUGUUUUCUGUUGAAGAAAGUAUGUCAGGUAGUUCUAUGCAGAGAGUGUAAUGCUGGUACCCCUGUAACUCCAGUAUAUGACCGGGAGGGCUUGUAGAGCUGGUAGUGUAAUGACAUGCAAAUCAGAGUUACUUCCCUUACCUAUCAGACCGUGUUUGAAUAUUGAGCUAGCCAACCCCCUUUUUGGUAUGCAGAAAUCAGGGUCUAUUUAGAGGUUAUUCAGGUCUCAGCAGUGUGGUAUGCGGGACGAAAAUAAAAUCAUACUUGGUACAGAGAUUCAACAUUCAAAUUGCAGCAUUUUCUCAAUGCUUUUGAGGUUUGUGUAAGUAGUAUUUGUGAUUCAGGGUUUAGCAAUGAGAUUCCGAUGAAAGAUUUGAUGGUUUGGGGGAUUCCGAGGAGGGGGUUGGCACCCUCAAUACUUUCCAUACAUGUUUCUGAUCUUGUUACAAGCCACAUGAAGAUCUGGGGUAGAAUAGGUCUUCAGCAACCAAUGCUUGCCAAAAAGGGCGACUAUGCUUGUAAGAGGCGAUUGACUGGAUCGGGUGGUCAGGCUCGCUGACUUGGUUGAUGCAUGUCAUCGUAUCCUAAUUGCGUAGAUCGAUGCUCAUGAUGUCAAUCACUGGAUUGUCUGUCCCAGACUCGAUUAUUUACAGAUCGCUUCCAUCUAGCUAGAAUAUUGAGUAUGGCGUUAAAAAACAAACAAACAAAUACAUGCCACCUGUAAACAUGGUAAAUAAGUUGGUACCAAAUAAUUUCAAUGUAUAUACUGACAUAUAGUAUUGAAUAAAUGAUGGUUUUGUUGAAGUAGGUAGAGGUUAAAUGUUUCUAUGUAGGAAUCUUUGAGUGUAGCUGAUGUAAGGGGACAAUUUGACAAGAUGUCAGCAUUUUCACACAACUUAUGUUAAGGAGGAGACAUGAAAGAACUGAUAAAACUGAAGAUGUUUUGAAAUGAUUUAACAAUUAUCUACAUUCAUUUUUCCAUUAUGUUUUAUUAUCAAUGUGGGGGGAGUUUUCCUCCUCCUUCUAGACAGUAAGGACAUGGAGGAACCCGGUUGUUGACUGUCUGAAGCUGACUGAGUUAUUUAUGGUGUUUUCUUUGUGAUUUAACACAAUUAUGUGUAUUUAUAUUGUAUAUACAAGCAUAGAAUACAGCUCAGUCAGUAGCA